AUGGAUGUAACUCAGUCCAAUGCAACGGAGGACGAUGCCAACAUCACCAUCACCCCGAGACCAUGGCUACAUACCGAAACCGCCGCUGCGUUCAUCAUCCUCGUGGUUUGCAUUAUUAUUCUGGUCACUAUCGUCGGAAACGUGCUGGUCAUCGUGGCGGUUCUGACCAGCCGCGCGCUCCGACCGCCACAGAACCUGUUCCUGGUGUCGCUUGCGUGCGCGGACAUCCUCGUGGCCACGCUGGUGAUCCCGUUCUCCCUCGCCAACGAGAUCAUGGGGUACUGGUACUUCGGCAGCACCUGGUGCGCGUUCUACCUGGCUCUGGAUGUCCUGUUCUGCACGUCAUCCAUCGUGCACCUGUGCGCAAUCAGUUUGGAUCGCUACUGGUCCGUCACCAAGGCGGUGAGCUACAACUUGAAGAGAACUCCAAAGCGCAUCAAGUCUAUGAUCGGGGUGGUGUGGGUCAUAUCUGCCGUUAUCUCAUUCCCACCUCUGAUAAUGACCAAGCACGACGAGAAUGAGUGCUUAAUAAGCGACGAGACCUGGUACAUCCUCUCCUCGUGCGUGGUGUCGUUUUUCGCCCCCGGUUUCAUCAUGAUCACGGUGUACUGCAAAAUCUACCGCGUCGCCAAACAGCGCUCGUCCACCGUCUUCGUAGCCAAGAACGGCUUAGAAAGACAGCCCUCGCAGUCCGAGACGUGCUUCGUAAGGAAAGAUAAGUUCGAGAAGGAGUCUCCAAGCAGUCACAGCUCGGAGAGCAACCAGGGACAGGAGGAACUAGACGAUAUCGACCUGGAAGAGAGCGCAACACCGGACAGCAAAACCAAAACCUCGCGCUUCUCCAAGCGCAGGAGGGUGGACGGCCCUCAGAGGACAUGCCGGAUCUCGUGGGCUUCCCAUCAGGAGCAGAACAACAGACAGCUCACGGUGGUCUCCAAAACCAAAGUGGCUCAGAUGCGAGAGAAACGCUUCACCUUCGUUCUGGCGGUGGUGAUGGGGGUGUUUGUGCUCUGUUGGUUCCCUUUCUUCUUCUCCUACAGUCUCCAAGCCAUCUGCGGAGAGAGCUGUGAGACACCCGAAGGUCUCUUCAAGCUCUUCUUUUGGAUCGGUUACUGCAACAGCUCCGUGAAUCCCAUCAUUUACACGAUUUUCAACAGAGACUUCAGAAAAGCUUUUAAGAAAAUCGUUUGCUUGACUGCGAAACGCACAUGAGAAACUCGUUUGUAGCAAAUCUACAAUGUUUCCAAAAGUACUUGGACUCCUGAGACACAAUUAAAAAGGUAUUAAUUGCAUGAGA